UUGCCAAGGAGUAGGUUAAGAAAUGCCCAACUUUUAUUCCUAUCUUGACAAGGAUGUAGAAGGGAAGAUUGCCAACCUAAAAACAGAAAAAGGACCAGGUGGUGUUGGGGGAAGCUCGGGCAAGAGGAAAAGAUAUAGAGAGAGGAUGAGGAUCUGUGUACCUAAAGCUGCAAUAUCAACCGGUGGGGUUUCUGGUGCCGACGGCUCUGCCUACCCCACAGGGCUCGGGAGAGACAACUAACUGCUGUGUUUGGGGAGAGGACAAGUCAAACUGGGGUUGGGGGGGACCUCUUCUACAAGGAUCUUGGGUAUUCAGGCUGCUCCUAGAGAGGGCAUGGCACAAGAGCCCGUUCUCAACUUGCUGAAGAGAAAGAUGCUUUGCAGAACACACUGUUUAUUUUCAUCCUUCUGAACUUGGAUUCUCCCAUCCGUUACUUCUUUCUCUCUCUCGCUCUCAAAAAAAAUCCUAUUCUUUGCUGUCUUCUAUUUCCAUCUUCUUUUGAUUUCUACAAGUGUUUUCCUCUCUCCAUAGUAGCUCCCACAGAUCCCAGCUGCAGCUCAUUUGGACAGAUGUGAUUUUUGGUUUGGGAGCGUAGUGAGAGGAAAUCAGGGGGCCAGCAAGAUUCUCAGCAAACCCUCUGAAUUGCUUCUCUUUAUGUGGACGUCUACCAGAGAAACGAUCUGACUGUUGCCUUUGAAAUGGCUGGGAAAGUUCUCCUGAUAUACCUGACUAUCUACCCUGCCCUCCAGAUCAGGACAGACAGUACGGAGGAGUAUGACUAUGAUUAUCUCAGCAUCAAUAAGACCUGGGUCCUGACACCAAGGACCCAUGAGACCGAUGCCACCCAGAUCCUGAACACGCUGCUACUGAACUAUGACAACAAGCUGAGACCUGACAUUGGCAUCAAGCCCACGUACAUCGAUGUGGAUAUUUAUGUGAACAGCAUCGGUCCGGUGUCUGUCAUCCAGAUGGAAUACACCAUCGAUAUCUUCUUUGCUCAGACCUGGUACGACCGCCGUCUCCGUUUCAACAGCACGCUCAAAGCGCUGACCCUGAAUAGCAACAUGGUGAGCCGCAUCUGGAUCCCUGACACCUUUUUCCGGAACUCCAAGCGGGCUGAUUCCCACUGGAUCACCACGCCCAAUCAGCUGCUCAGGAUCUGGAAUGAUGGGAAGGUGUUGUACACUCUCAGGCUUACCAUUGAGGCAGAAUGCCUCCUUCAGCUGCAGAAUUUUCCAAUGGACACUCAUUCUUGCCCUCUCAUCUUCUCCAGCUAUGGAUAUCCCAGAGAAGAGAUUAUCUAUCGCUGGAGGCGUUAUUCCAUUGAAGUAUCUGACCAACGCUCCUGGAGGCUCUACCAGUUUGACUUUACAGGGUUGAGAAACACAUCAGAAGUCCUCAAGACUGAGGCUGGGGACUAUAUGGUCAUGACGGUUUCCUUUGACCUGAGCAGGAGGAUGGGCUACUUUGCCAUUCAGACCUACAUCCCUUGCAUCCUGACCGUGGUUUUGUCCUGGGUUUCCUUCUGGAUCAAAAGAGACUCUACCCCUGCCAGGACAUCGCUGGGGAUCACUACCGUGCUGACCAUGACCACCCUGAGCACAAUUUCCCGCAAGCAUCUUCCACGGGUUUCCUACAUCACUGCCAUGGACCUCUUCGUCUCGGUUUGCUUCAUCUUCGUCUUUGCUGCCCUGAUGGAGUAUGCCACCCUCAACUACUUGGUGGGGAACAAAAAGCCAGUGGAAUACAGUGGCAGGAAACCCAAACUGCCUCCCUCCGGGGCCAAUGUCAUGCCCUCCUUCACUGCCAUUACCAUCAACAACGUCAUACACUGGCCCCCGGAGGGCCCCGAGGAAGAGGAGGAGCGGCACCCCAGCUCCUCCUGCUUGGAAGGGAAGGAGUGUGAGAAGUUCUUCUGCUGCAUUGAAGACUGCCAGACUGGGACGUGGCGACAAGGAAGAAUCCGUAUCCACAUCUCCCGCCUGGACUCCUAUUCCCGGGUCUUCUUUCCCACGGCCUUCCUUCUGUUCAACAUUGUCUACUGGAUUGCUUACCUGUACCUCUAGGUGUCCCUCUCCCCUCCCUUUGACAGGAAAGAGCUGCCAGUAUUUCACAUAGAAGACCAUAAACAACAGCAAAGAGAUGAAAAAAGAACCAGUUUACAAUUUUCCCCCCACCACCCCACUUAUGUGAAGGAAUCUGGUCUCGUCUGACCCUUUUUCAUUUUCUGCUUCCUAUCCUGACCCCUCCUAACCCCUCAUUCAGGGGUUCUCCUGGAACGCUCCCUCUUAGGCCCAUGUACCCCAGAAAGAGCUACCCCAGAAGGCCCUAGUUCCCUUGGCCUUCUCCACCCUCGUUAUGUCUGGCUGGAUGUGAUAAGGAUGUGGAACAGGCCAGACAAUGAUAUCCCAAGAAUUCCAGACUUGAGGAGGGCGAGGGAAGAAGAGAUGGAGAGAUUAGGAGAGUCUUCAUGAAGAUUCUUUUCUAUUUGAAAUAUUCAUCCUUCUUUCAAUGGCUAAAAAAAAAAAAGAAAAAUAGACUUGGGAAAAAUACUGUUGAAAGGCAGGCUUGUUCUGGAUAUGGCCAGGAGUCCCUGCUAUAGAUCAUAGCUGAAGGAUUCCACUGCCCUUUCAUUUAUUUAUUUUUCCACGAGCAAUUGCUUCCUGAACAGAGAGAGUCCACAGAGGAAAACAUACAACACACCAGCUUAGAAAUCUUGGCACCUCUGAGAGUGGCUGCACAUCCUUCUUUCUCCCGAUGAUGCCGCCCAGCAUUAAACUCGAAACCACCUCUCUCUCAGGGCCCAUUCGCUGCCUCUGUAAUGAUGCAGACCUCCAUGUUAUCUCUACCACAAUACCCCCGUGGCACUUCAUCGCUGCUGUUGCCCUGCCCACAAGCAGUGGCUCAGAACUCAGCCAGGCUGGCAUCAUCUAGCCUGGGAGUCCUCCCACCUGGCAGCCAAGUAGCCUGUUGCUAUGUGGAGGCAGGUAGUUCCUCUCUGUCACUCAAUCCGCCACACUGGCUCCAUCUCAGUCAUAUCUCAAGAGGACACGAUUAAUUCGGGGCCCUCUGUCAUAUCGCUUGUGCUGGUUUGCUUUAGACAGUGUUGCACCUAUGCACGCAUGCGCACGCACACACAUUCACAGCAUAUAAUCCAACUGCCACUUUGACAUGGCACUGUGCCUAGAACAGACCAUCAGUAAAUCAAUUGUAUUUAUGGAGUGCUUACCAUGUGCAGAGCACUGUACUAAGCUCUUGGGAGGGUACAACAUGUUCUAUAACAUGUCCCGAAGCUCUGUUGCCACUCCCUUCUCUCUCCCCCAGCAGUAUUUAAUGUGACCGUCAGAUCUGGGACCUGUUUUGUGGGUAUGAGAAGAACAGGCAGGGAAAUGUAACUUUGGUUAUCAGGGGUAUGACAGAGAGAGAGAUCCUUGUUUUAUCAUUAUCAGCCUGCUCAAGCCCCAGUUACCCCUAUUCUUCCCCACAUCCUUCCAUUGGGUUCAAAGGGCUGUCCUUGGUGGGCAGAGGUGGGUGGAAUCAAGCUUCGGUGCAUUCCCUAUCAUUUCUUUUGCAGUUGAUCUUGUCCACACACAGGUCUGUGGCAUUCCCUUUUGAAGGAAAGGAGCCAGAGACCUGGCACCACUUGGCACAACUUCCCUUUCCCCAGCCAUACAAGUCACCCUCACUCACCCACUCAACCCCAUCGAUUGAUUAUUCCAGGGUCUCAUCCAAUGCAGGGCAUUCAGAGGGCAUUUGAUGAAUGUUUAAUGGUGAUAUCAUGCAGGAUGCACCAGGUCUCUCUCUCUCUGCCUGUGCAUUUCUCAGAGGCUCCUUUAACCUGGUCUGGGCCCAGUUCCAAUCUCUGCAUAAUAGGAUCAGGUCAUUCUGACUGACGCAGCCCCAAGUGUUAGCUCUACAAUGGUGAAGGAAGGCUGGAGAUAAUCCCCACCGGAUCAUUUGGAUACCCAUCCACAAGACAACCAGUAAAUAGCCGAUUAUUGCACUCCUGCUUGUUAACUAGCUUCUCCAUUCACAUCUGAGCUCACUCUUUCUAGGACAACUCACAUGCACCAGUGGAAUCCCGUCUUUGGGUUUCCCUCCAUGAGCCAUCAUUAGCAAUUACAUUAGGUGAUCAGGAUCACACUGGUUACAAUCCAGAACCUCCCUCUCCCCCGUUGAUACCUGUAACACACAGCUGUCCUGGCUGAAUCUUGAUAGUCUCCUCAGAAACCAUGGACAGUAGAGCACAAGGAUCUCCCUUCAGGCAGUUGCUGGGUUGGGCCAGGUACAGCCAACACCAAUUGGUCCAGUGACGGCCGACCACCUGGCCACCGACAGCCAGGCAUGGAAGGGAGAUGAAUGUUCAAACAAUCCAGCAUCAGGUCUCUGGUUACCACAUCCAAGCCAUGCAGCUGCCUCACUGGGACUGCACGAAGAUACUUUCUUAUCUAUUAUAAUCCAGUGAUGUAAAUUUAGACACCUCCCAGUGCUUCUGAGCGUGGAAAGGUAUAUAUUUGUAUUGUUCUGGGAGGAAAGGCCAAUCUGCUUUCUUCCAACUACACUUUAGAGAAAACAAUUAAAUAUAUUAUGAAAUCA